GCGGUACUUCCUCAAAUCGCCUUGGUUACCCACAUGGAAACGCGGGUCUCUUGUGUUUGAUUUCAACGGCCUUUCAUGAGUUAGGCUUGAAGUUGUUUUACUCACGUUUUAGAGCGUUUAAUUAACAAAUAAGAAACAUGAAGAUCGAAGAGGUGAAAAGCACAACGAAGACGCAGCGCAUCGCAUCUCACAGCCAUGUGAAGGGUCUCGGGCUGGAUGAGGCCGGUAAUGCUAAACAGUCCGCGUCCGGACUAGUGGGGCAGGAGACAGCUAGAGAGGCUUGUGGCAUCAUUGUAGAGCUGAUUCGUUCCAAAAAGAUGGCUGGCAGAGCUAUUUUACUGGCAGGACCACCUGGAACAGGCAAGACUGCUUUAGCAUUGGCCAUGGCACAGGAACUGGGAAAUAAAGUGCCGUUCUGUCCUAUGGUGGGCAGUGAAGUGUAUUCAUCAGAAAUCAAGAAGACUGAAGUGCUGAUGGAGAACUUCAGAAGAGCCAUAGGUCUGCGUAUCAAGGAGACUAAAGAGGUGUAUGAAGGAGAGGUCACUGAACUGACUCCUUGUGAGACGGAGAACCCAAUGGGGGGCUAUGGCAAAACUAUCAGUCAUGUCAUUAUUGGUUUAAAGACGGCAAAGGGCACCAAACAGUUGAAACUGGAUCCCAGUAUCUAUGAAAGUCUGCAGAAGGAGAGAGUGGAGGUCGGUGAUGUUAUCUACAUCGAGGCUAACAGUGGGGCAGUCAAGAGGCAGGGACGAUGUGACACGUUUGCAACAGAGUUUGAUUUGGAGGCGGAAGAGUAUGUACCGCUACCGAAAGGCGAUGUUCACAAGAAGAAAGAGAUCAUUCAGGAUGUUACACUUCAUGACCUGGAUGUUGCUAAUGCAAGACCUCAGGGAGGCCAGGACUUACUUUCUAUGAUGGGUCAACUGAUGAAGCCCAAAAAGACAGAAAUCACAGAUAAACUGCGAGCAGAGAUCAAUAAGGUUGUGAAUAAAUACAUUGAACAGGGUGUGGCAGAGCUGGUUCCUGGUGUUCUGUUUAUUGAUGAAGUUCACAUGCUGGACAUUGAGUGUUUUACCUACCUGCACCGAGCACUGGAGAGCUCCAUCGCUCCGAUCGUAGUGUUUGCAUCCAAUCGAGGAAACUGCCUUAUCAGGGGGACAGAGGACAUCAGCUCUCCUCAUGGAAUUCCACUGGAUCUGCUGGAUCGAGUCAUGAUUAUCAGAACUAUGCUGUACACUCCUCAAGAAAUGAAACAGAUCAUAAAGAUCCGAGCUCAGACAGAGGGCCUCAACAUCAGCGAGGAUUCUUUAUCUCACCUUGGAGAGAUCGGUACUAAGACUACACUCAGAUAUGCAGUGCAGCUGCUGACACCUGCCAAUCUGUUGGCACGAGUUCAGGGGAGGGAAGUAGUCGAAAAAGAACAUGUGGAAGAAAUUAAUGAACUCUUCUAUGAUGCAAAGUCCUCUGCAAAAAUCCUACAAGAUCAGCACACCAAGUUUAUGAAAUAACUCUCUCUCGCUUUCUCUGUACGCCCUGCUGUGGUUUGCUUUACUGGUUGAUUAUUUCACAUUUGUCAUGAUAUUAUAACAGUAUGACAGAUGUACCAAGCCAUGGCUUGAUGUACCAUGCCAGAUGUACCAUGGCUACUGUAUUGUUCUACCUAAUUGUGUCAGUUGCUGUUAGUCACAAAUAUCAAACGAGAACAGGAAAGAAAACAGUCUCUUCGUUAAUAACAUGCUUUCAACCGGCUUUUAUCCCCCACUUUUGUUAUUCUCCUGUAGGAUAAGUACUCCAUUGUCCUUGUUUUUUUGUUUUGUUGUGAAAAUAAAUAUUUUUUUGAUAGUAAUGUGAAAUAUAAAUGGGUUUGAAUUGAA